GCGCGGGGCGGAGCCGCGGCGCGCUGAGGCGAGGCGGGCGCUGCCGCCAUGGAGCACAUCACCACGCCGAAGGUUGAAAAUGUGAAAUUACUAGAUCGCUAUACAAAUAGGAAGGCAGCAAAUGGGACGUUAUACCUGACAGCUACUCAUCUUAUCUAUGUAGAUGCUUCUGCUGAAGUCAGAAAAGAAACAUGGAUUCUGCAUCACCAUAUUGCAGCUGUAGAAAAAUUGCCUCUGACCACAGCUGGAUGCCCACUCCUUAUUCACUGCAAGAACUUCCGCGUGGCACAUUUUGUUAUUGGGCAGGAACGUGACUGUCAUGAAGUGUAUACCUCAUUGCUUAAACUUUCACAACCAGUGAAGACUGAAGAUCUUUAUGCUUUCUCUUAUAAUCCUAAAAUGUCUAAAGGUAACCGGGAGAUUGGAUGGAAACUGAUUGAUUUAAAAGUAGAUUACCAGCAUAUGGGAAUCCCAAAUGACUAUUGGGAAAUAACGGAUGCUAAUAAAGACUAUGAGGUUUGCAACACGUACCCUCCAGAAAUAGUGGUGCCAAGAGCUGCUAAUAAGGCCACAGUGAUUGGGAGUUCAAAAUUCAGAAGCAGAGGGCGGAUUCCAGUGCUUUCCUACUUAUAUAAGGAAAACAAUGCUGCCAUAUGUCGUUGUAGCCAGCCUCUUUCUGGAUUCAGCGCGCGCUGCCUGGAGGAUGAACAAAUGUUGCAGGCAAUCAGAGAAGCCAACCCGGGGAGUCCGUUCAUGUAUGUUGUAGACACAAGGCCAAAGUUAAAUGCCAUGGCGAACCGAGCUGCUGGGAAGGGCUAUGAGAAUGAAGAUAAUUACGAUAACAUUUGCUUUAAAUUUAUUGGCAUAGAAAAUAUCCAUGUGAUGCGGAACAGCUUGCAGAAACUCCUGGAAGUGUGUGAAACAAAGUCUCCCUCAAUGAGCGACUUCCUCACUGGGUUGGAGAACUCAGGUUGGUUACGGCACAUUAAAGCUGUGAUGGAUGCAGGUGUCUUUCUUGCCAAGGCUGUGAAAGAUGAAAAGGCAAGCGUGUUAGUCCACUGCUCCGAUGGGUGGGAUCGCACAGCUCAGGUCUGCUCCCUGGCUAGCCUCCUUUUAGACUCAUUUUAUAGGACUUUUAAAGGCUUCAUGGUCCUAAUAGAGAAGGAGUGGAUUGCAAUGGGUCACAAGUUCUCACACAGGUGUGGCCACUUGGAUGGUGACCCUAAAGAGGUAUCUCCUGUCUUCACUCAAUUCAUUGAAUGUGUCUGGCAGCUCAUGCAGCAGUUUCCGUGUGCAUUUGAGUUUAAUGAGCGUUUCCUUCUUGAAAUCCAUGACCAUGUCUACUCUUGCCAGUUUGGCAACUUCCUUGGGACCUGUCAUAAGGAGCGUGAGGAUCUGAAAAUCUUUGAGAAGACCCAUUCUCUCUGGCCUUUCCUCUUACAGAAGAAGCAGGAAUUCAGAAAUCCUUUAUAUAGAGGAUUUACAGCUUACAAAGAGCUUCAACCAAACACACUACCUUUCAGUUUCCAGUUUUGGUGCGGGAUGUACAAUCGUUUUGACAAAGGAAUGCAUCCAAAACAGUGUGUAUUGGAUCAUCUCUUAACCUGCAUGAGCCAACAGACAAAACUAGAGGACAAUGCAUCAGAAUUGGAAAAUAAACUUCCUUUCCUUGAUGGUCCUUUACCUGCUGAAGCUUGUUCCUUAUCUAAAAUGGGAAGUGCUUCGUCAAAAACGCCGAUGCUGAACACUCCGCAGGAUUACGAAGGGGAACCACCUUCUGUGCUGACUAAUGGCACCGCAGUGGGAGAUACAGAUGUUAUGUCAGAUGUGGACCAAAAGAACAAAGAGAACCUGUCUAAGCAGCAGGACCUCCCCGAUCUUAAAGACACCCUUGGUGUUUUAGACUCUGAAGCUAAGGAUGGAAAGGCUCAGCCCCAUUGAUCAUCUCUGAAAACUGAGUUAAAUGAACCAUGUGCUUGUGGUAAGGCAUAUGAGAUCUGUGCCCCAGAGAGGGGUGUAGCACACGUAACCAUUUACAGCUAAGCGUUAGUAUAUGUGUUUGCAGGGGCUGUUCUCUUGCUGCAGAGAGCACGUUCUGCAUUUGGGUUGUUUAGCGUUACUGCAGUUGCAGUGAUGAUGCGUACAGAGGUGCCAAGAAGGCUGUCUUGACUUAGAGUGUAAACCGUAUUUUCCAGCUGAAACAUGAUAUGUGUUUAAGGUUUUCAACUGCCUACCAGUACUGGUGUUUCAAGUGAAAAGGCGUCUUGGCCAAUUAACGUGGAUGGAGGGUUAAGAGUUUGGCAGUGUUUAUAACUUCAGUUGGAAGACUGAAUUUAUUUUCAUUUUUUGUUUCCUAUACAUAUUUGUUAAGAAACAAACCCCCUUGUGCCUUUUCCUGGAGACCAUCUUAACCUCUAGCCAUGCAAUGUAGUAUUUUUAUUACUGUAGUGUGUAGCGUAGUGUUUGGUCGACUUUGUAGUCAGUAUUUUUAAACUGGGUUUUAUAUCCGCUGCCAACUUCCCCAAGGUGAUCCCCUGAGUUUAAUAGCUUCUUUCUAAGCCGACCUUUCAGAGAAUAAGCUUUUAUGGACUUUACUUACAGAUUUUGAGAGUGCAGCACAGAGACAGCCUGCAGCACAUGCAUUUCUGAUAGAAGGAGGAUUAGAAAUGCAAAAGUAUAGGAGGGCUAUUCAGAUCCAUAUGGAUUUUUUUUUUGCUCUUGUUUUAUGAUCUUGGCUAGAUAAAACAAGAGGAUAAUUUUUUGUUUAAGCUGGAAUUAGUGUGCAUUUCUCAGAUCCAUCAACGAGGCAGUAAUUAUAGAUAAGAUGUGUUCUGCUACAGAAAUACAGAAUAGAAGGAUUGCUUCGCACCACAUCUUGAGUGAUAAUAACAAAUGUUAUCUUGGAUGUUAAAACUACAUGAAACCUUAUAGAUGUUUUGUCCGUGCCAUCAAGACUUACCGAAAUGAACAAUAUUGCUCAUGGCGGUGAGCUUUAUAAUUUUGUGAAACGGGUGGCAAAAAGGUAAAUCUGGAUGCGGCUCGUUACUGGAACAGAGACAUGGACAUCUUAGCUUAUGGGUCUGGUUCCAUCUUGGACUCGCCUCCGUGCUUGUUACGCUACUUGGCUGCUUCAGAGAACGGCAGUCUCAGCUGGAGAUACAAGUGCUAAGCGUAAAAAGUAGUACGUUCCUCUUAUACAGAGCUCUUCUGAGGAGCCAAGGGCUUGUCUCCCCAGGCAGGCGGGUGGCUUGGCAGAGCUGUACCAAAGUGCCCGUUCUGGACAAGUUUCUCCUAGGUGUGUGUAAUUGCGCACAGAGCCCCUUCACGCAGUUUGGUUCGGUGUGCUUUUCAGCUUUCGUUGGCUCAUGUUGUUUAUAUUAGUUGUUGCCAUCUGGCCUUCAGACCAGUUUUUCAGUUUAUAAAAUUUUGAAUCAAACUGAAAAUAUUCUCUGAGUAAACCUCUCCCCUCAAAAAAACCUUAAUAAAAAGUGGAAGUACUCCACUACAGUAUUGUAAAACAGUAUAGCCGUUGUUCGUAUGCUGGUAAUCUAAGGUGACUCAACCAGGUUAGUUUCAGUGUUCAAGAUGAACAAAGUAGAAAAGCAUAUGCUCUUAUUAAGCAUAUCAAAAAACCCAUUUAAAAAGGGCGAUACCAGGGAACAGGCAGUUUCUUUGUUGCCUGGAAUGGCAGUGAGAAACUUUUUUUUUAGUGUUGUAGGUUUUAAAAACUCAAGUAAUAUUUAAGUCAGCUUAAAAAAUAGUCGUUUCUAAGGGACGAGUGAGAGACCUGCGGUUGAGCGAUUGCUUUAAAAACUAAGCAUGUAAAAUACUGAACCAGAUAUGCGUAAGCAGAAGAUAUUCAGGCUUUUUUUGUAUGGAUAUGUAUCAAAUACUGUGUCAUGCAAACGGCUGUGUUUUAUUUUGAAGAGUGCACCAAGGGGAUUGCACCCUAAGUCUUAAUCACGCUGCGUCAAAUACGUCAAAGAGUUCAAAGCUCUCCUCUAGAUUUCCACCAAAAGGUGUUGGGCAGAUUCUUGCCCUUUGCCUCUUUAUAGUGUAAAAGCUCAAUUUUGCAUACACUGUGCAUACACGCUCCUGGCUGCAUGUAUGGCUUUUUAAAUAGAGAAUUCUUAAAGGAAAUUCUUAAAGGAGAAUUUCAUAAAGGAAAACCAGUAUAGGCACUUUUUAGGACCCGUUAUUUUGAAAGUCACCAUUCUCUUAUGUGAUUUCUGGUGAGAAUUCGAGAUACAGAAUUAAAGACAAUUUUGACUGACUACUGAAGGAUUUAGGCCUACUGUUUGUUAAUCUUUGUACAAGAAUAUUUUGCAAAAUGUUUCUAUAAAUGUUUACACACUGCCUUGUCUUUUGAAUUACCAUAGACUACCUUGGAAAAAGUGCAGUAAUCUUUGCUUGUUCCUGAAAAAAAAAACGUAACACUGACAUCUCCUCAAAUCUUUUAUUCUCAACUACAAUAUUACUUUCUGUAUAUUCAGCCCUGAAAAGAUUACUUUAUACACUGAAAAUAUUUAUGAGCUUUUAGUAAUCUUGCUGCUUUUGACUUCAGUAACAAAACAAUGCAUGACUUUAUACUUUGAAAUGUAAAACCUAGCCAUAAGAAAGGGUAAUGAGCUGUCAUCUUAAAGCUCUUGGAUAUAAUAUAUACAAACUUGGAAAAAGUCUAUGAUGUAUUUAUAGUCCUUCAGGCUGGUGCUGUAGAUUUAGGCAUCUGGAAAAGAUUUCAGGGUUUCCUGGAGUUCCAUGAGAUUAUUUGUUUGAAAACCAAUUAGCUAGAAGCUUUUUAGUUUGGAAGAUAACUUUUUGUGUGUUUCGAGACCAAAAAAGAAAAGCUGUUUAAAGCAUUGUAGCGUGUCCUCAGGUCCCCCAUCAACCAGGACUGGCUUCCUCCUGCAGCUCCUAGGCUCUUGCAGAAAGCAUCUGUUGAGUUCCUUAGGGAGUGCCCUGCCUGCUGAUAGUGGUGAGUGACUUCAUUAUAUGGUCCCUAAAAAGUAUUUGAGGAAAUCGUAAACUGUUACAUAGGUAUUGUCUUAUGUAAGCGCUGUAUGGGGGGGGAAAAGUUACUGUAAUUUUAUUUAUUCCUAAUCGAACGUCCACGUGUUGCUGUCAUGAGUGCUCUUUUGUUGGGAGCUGUACACUGAACAACACAACUUGCUACUUGCUGUUUGGAUUCCUGUAACUCGGCGAACCGGAGAGGGAAGAGGGAUCCUCUUUGCUGUGGCAAAACUCUUCUGUUUCUCAAAGAGCUCUUGCUUUUACCGAGAUACUCCAGUGCCUUGACGCCUGGAUGUCGUCUCUCUCACUUGCUACAAGUAGGUGCGGCAUUGCAAUGGGAAAUGCCUAAAAUAGUCUGUGCUAAAGCUGCUGCUCUGAUGUAGAAGAGGGACUUGUAUAGCUCUAUUUCUCGGUAAAAUGUCUUAAAGUGAAUUUCAUAAUACUGUAUUCUUAACUUAUAUUUUGUUUUACAGUUGUCCAUGGUAGACAAAAUCAAACCAGUGCUUUACAGAAAAAAGGGAAUAUUCAGUUUGCCUGUAGAUGCUGCAGUUCUCAGCCCUCUUUUCUGGUAGAGGAAAAGGCUGUUUGUUUAAAAACGUGUAUGUACUAUACUCUUAGCUGUGUUCUAUUCCUCAUCUUAGCUAAUGCCUUUUAUUUAAGCGCUUAGAAGAAAUACUCUCCUGCUGUGUGGGUGCUUGCUGAUAGCUGAAGCUGCCUUGAGUAGGGUGAAGAAAAGAGAUUUGCUUGGAAGUAGCAGCUAAACUUGAGUUUGCCGGUGUCUGGGGGCCUGGUGAGAUUCACUGGGAGCAGAAGUACUUUGCAGGAUCUCUGUCUUGAGUGAGACCUGGUUGGGUUGCAGGUAGAAAUGUCCAAAUUUCUAUUUCCAAAUGCUCAGUGUCUACUGUUCCCACAGGAUUUAGUGAUCUUGGGCCCUGGUGGUCUCCCUGAAAGCACCUUUGCGUUUUGCACAAAUGAACCUGUAACACAUGCAGGUAAAGCAUUUAAAAGAGCUUUUGUGCCAGAUGUGGUUUCAGUUCAUGUUCAAGCAAAUCUGGUCUUUGGGUAGCUUUAGUGCCUGGCAGUUACCCAUCAAAGGAAUAACUUCUUGGCGCUACUCAGUAAUGAAUAUGCACAAGUGACCAAAAGAACUCAAAUUUAGUUGUUGUUUCUCUUUUUUCCCCCUCUGCAUUGAGUGCUGGCAUCAUUUUUUUUGUGUGGCCCUAACUGCAGUGCGGUUGCUGCAGCUGAGGUGAUCCCUUGUUUACAUUCUGUCCCUGUUGCACACGGGCACAUCCAGCGCCUGAAUUCUGCUGGGGGAAAAGUUUUUUUUUGUCCUGAAUGCAAUAGUUCUAAUUAAUACACAGCACUUGGUAUAGAUGAGCAACGUCUCGAACCAGGCGACGUUGGCGUCCACACUUUCCUGACUGUCUAGCACUAAGAGUAGCCAGGUCAGUGCCAAUUGCGGUCAGCGUGAUUUGUUAGGGUAAGUAUGAAAACAUGCAGCGCUUCUUCCCUUUGACGUCUUUGAAUUACAAAAACAGUGCAGAGGAGAGGGUAGGUUAAAGUGGUUGACCCCUUAUCUCUUCUUUUAACAUUUUAUCUGUGUGUGUAUGGCCCCGUGCGUGCAUCUGUAUUUAAUGUAGCAGCAUACUACUGGAAUAAUUUGUAGCACUGGAUCUAGUCAUAUGUAAGUGAGCACAAAUAUGUACCUUUCCUUAUCAUGCACAAGCUGAUCUUUGUUGGAAUUUACCUAAAAUUAUGUGCUAAAUGUUUUGCUGUUUCUGUAAGUCAGUUGCUAUUUUUGUCCUUGGUGUAAUUGUUGAGGGACAGUUCUGUAAAACUGUGUAUGGUUAAAUCCCCUACUAUUGAAUGCGCUGCGACGGCCGUUUACGUAUAACUCGUUAUAGUCAAUGCACUGCUUAAAAAAAAAAAGUACCGUAUUUGAAGGAGCACUGUGUCCUUUUACUCUAAAUGUGUUUGUCUCAUGAAGUUUCAUUUGUAUGACAGUUUAUUUUUAUUUCCUACAAAAAUAAAUACC